AUGGCAAGAAUAGAAGAGACUGUGUACUCCCAACCGUCCAACCAUGAAGAUCAAAAUUCUUUUUUUUUAAUCCAGAUCAUUGCCCUCGCUGUGUUGGCUGCGGCUGUGGCAGAACAGCUGCCUCUCGCCCACCCGCCCAUUGCCAUCGUGCGAAGCAGCCAGGUGAACCCCGACCAGUUCGGCGCCCACAGCUCCGACUUCGAGGCUGCCAAUGGCAUCGUGUUCCAGUUCUCGGGUUCUGAGGGCGUCGCUGGCGGUUCUAACAUGGUUGGCUCUUGGAGUUAUCCUCAGGAAGAUGGUACCGUAGCCUCUUUCAAGUUCGUGGCCGACGAGAACGGCUUCCAGCCCGAGUCGUCGCUCCUGCCCGUGGCCCCCGCCUUCCCCCACCCCAUCCCCCAGUUCGUCCUCGACCAGAUCGAGUUCGCCCGCCUCGAGGACGAGGCCAAGGCUCGCGAAGGAGCAAAGGGCCAAGCGUAGUCUUUUAGUUUCCGAACGAAUUCUUGUUAAACUUUGACCUUUGAGCGAUUUUAUAUUUAAAUAAAUAGAUGUUAUAAAGAAA